GUCCGGUGUAAGCCCUCCUCUCUGCCAAACACUCCUCCUUCUCCGCUGCACCAGCUGUAUGUAUUAUAUAUACGGGUCAUGUUCCGGACGCGCCCGCUGCUGGUGCGGCGAAUGUUCCUCCCAUACUACAGGUCAGGUAGCCAGCUACACACGUGCCGCAGAUUCCAUGUAGCUAGCGCAAACAUUGGCAUGAUGAUUUGAGGGGUGUGUGUGUGUGUGUGUGUCGGUCUGUCUAUGUGUGUGCAUUGUUGAUUGGGGUGCAGCAAGAAGAACGGGCCGCCUGUGAUAAGGAACCAGAUCCAGGGCGUCAGGCGGCACCGCUUCCUCAGGAUGGUCGCAUGCAACAUCAGAGGUGAGAAAGGCGGGAGGGAGGGAGGGAGGGCGGGAGGGCGGGAGGUGGAGAGUCAGUCAGUGUGUGCGUGUCGAUUCUUUGGCUCCCCCCUGUACGUCCGUCCGUCCACUCAUCAAUCAUUGCAGACAAGCGUGACGGCAAGCACAUGGAGGUGCUGGGCACUCACAUCAUCCAGAAGAAAGAUCUCUCACAGGAGCUGCGCCUCCGGUUCUCGCGCGUCAAGUUCUGGCUGGGCGUCAACGCCCACCUGACCAAGUCGGCCGCCCGAAUGCUCGGCAUGGCGGGCCUCAUCCCACCCCUACCGCCCCGGUUCGGCCGCCGCACCUAUGGCCACUUUGCCUACCUGGCUGAGGUGGAGCAGCAGUGGGCCAAGGAGCGGCACAGCGUGCUGCAGGACUACUACGUCCACCCCAGGACGGUCGAGAGGGUGCGGGAGAGGGUUGUGGGGGAGGAUGGCGGGGAGAAGGAUGUCCAGAGGGAAACCAUUAGGCUGCCGCGGUAGAGAGAUGAGAUAGAUUGAUGACACGCGUUUUUCGUACGUCGGCAUCCUCGAUAAUAGCGCACAGACAGACAGACAGACAGACAGACAGAUCGAUGGACGGAUGUCGUUGACGAACUGAAUCCCG